AUGUCUCUCGUCCAGUGGGUCCUCUGCGCUGUCGCCGUGGCGGCUACCGUCGUCCCAGGCGCUCACUCGCGUGCCGUCCCCCGAGGCUGGUCUCUUCACCGCCGCGCCGACCCGCAAGUCCUGGUCCCUGUCAAGCUCAACCUCGCGCAGUCCAACGUACACAACCUGGAGUCGUAUCUCCUUGACAUCGCUGACCCUGCGUCCCCCAACUAUGGCAAGCACUGGACACCCUCCCAGGUCGCGAAGACGUUCAGGCCCUCUCAGGAUUCCGUCGAUGCCGUGCACUCGUGGCUCGUCUCCGACCACGGGAUCGAACCUGACCGUGUCGAGCUCACACCCAAGGGUGACGCGAUCCGUCUGCUUCUCAGCGUCGCGGAAGCGGAGCGCCUGCUCGACGCCGAGUAUUUUGUCUAUCGUCACGAGGACGGCAAGGAACGCGUCGGGUGCCACGACGGGUACACGCUGCCCGAGACGAUUGCGGAACACGUCGACUUUGUGUCCCCGUCGACUAAUUUCAACUUGCCCUCGUUGUCGGCCACGCGGUACGGGAAGCGCGCGGCCUCCAUUUCGCAGGCGGCGCACGAGUCUGGGGCGCCAAAGAUCCCGGUUUCGGCGGCUCAACUGAAGGAGCUCGAGGCGACCGGGUGUGAUCAGGCAGUGACCCUUGACUGUCUCCGUGCGCUCUACAACUUCGACUACACGCUCGUAACCGGGAACCAGAACAACGUUUCGGUGUUUGAACUGCAAGGCGAAGCCUUCCAGCAGUCUGACCUGGAUAAGUUCUUCCAGAUGUUCAGACCCGACCAAGUUGGGAAUUCUACAGGAAACCUGGAUGGGGCAGCUGACCUCGGGGAAGCCACCCUGGACAUUGAGCUCAUGAUGGGUCUCCUUGGCUCCAGCAUCAACCUUCAACUGUACCAAGUUGGAACAGAGAGCAGGGACCCUAUCGAUGAGUUCCUCGCGGCUUUGGACGCUGAAUUCUGCAAUUCAAAACCGAUCGCGGGAGAGGGGCUUUCAAGCUGUGGAGACAUCCCGACGUACAACGUCGUAUCCAUCUCGUACCAUCUCAACCCUGAUAUCCAGGACCCCACGAUCUCACCCACGAUUCAGAGGCAAUGUACGGAGAUCGGAAAGCUUACGCUCACCGGGAUGACCUUCGUCGUCUCCUCUGGCGAUGGCGGUGUCGGCUAUUCACAAGCCGAGGAAUGCCUCGUCAACGGCACGCUCACCGCGUUCGCAGAGUCGGGCUCCUUCGUCGGCCAGUUCCCAGCCUCGUGUCCAUUCGUCACCGCCGUGGGCGCGACGCAGGUCGGAACCAAUAACAGUGUGGAGGACCCCGAAUCCGCGACGUUCGCGUUCCCCUCUGGCGCUGGGUUCUCGAACAACUUUGCGAUGCCGUCCUUCCAGGCCGACCUCGUGAACACGUACAUCACGGACUUCGCGCCCGCGUACGGCCCCGACGUCUUCAACCGUUCGGGCCGCGCGUACCCGGACGUCUCAGCCAACGGGUUCCCGACGAUCAUCAUCGAGAGCGGCAGGACUGUCAAGACGGGCGGCACGUCCGCGUCCGCGCCGAUCUUCGCGUCCUUUGUCGCCGCCGUUAACGACGCGCGCAUCGCCGCAGGCAAGAGCGCAGUCGGCUGGAUCAACCCUGCUCUGUACUCGACUGCCUUCAACGAUGCCUUCAACGACAUCACGAACGGCACGAACCCCGGGUGUGGGACCGAUGGGUUCCCCGCUGCGCCUGGGUGGGACCCGAUCACGGGCCGCGGCACUCCGAACUUCCCCAACAUGCUCUCGGCUUUCCUCGCCUUGCCGUGA